UUGAGACAAAAACAAAAUCCUCAAAUUUAAAACCUCACAUCUUCAAUUAACUAGAGGUGGUGCAAAUUGCAAUGUGCAGUUUGGAGAAACGCGGCGAUGUUUUCAUCCUCACAAUCACCGGCGAGACGGACCACCGCCUCAACCCCGAGCUCCUCGACUCCAUCACGGCGGCGGUCGCGCAAGUCAAGUCGGAGUCGACGCCCUCGACCGCCCUCAUCACCACCGCCCAAGGCAAAUUCUUCUCCAACGGCUACGACCAGGCCUGGGCCCUAGCCGACCCGGCCCGGCCCAAGAUCAUCUCCAAGAAGCUCCGUCUCUUGGUGGAGGACCUAAUCUCCCUCCCCAUGCCCACAAUCGCCGCCGUCAACGGCCACGCCUCUGCCGCCGGCUUCAUCCUCGCCCUCAGCCACGACUACCUCCUCAUGCGCAGGGACAGAGGCUAUCUCUACAUGAGCGAGCUCGACAUCGGCUACCCGAUUCCGCGGUGGUUCGUGCAGCUCGUGAAGAGCAAGGUCGGGUCUCCGAAGAUCUGGCGGAGCGUGGUGAUGGCGGCGGCGAAGAUCACGGCGGAGAUGGGGGUGGAGUGGGGGAUCGUGGACUCGGCCCACGACGGCGCUGAGGCGACGGUGGAGGCGGCGGUGAAGCUGGGGGCGGAGUUGGUGGGCAGGAAGUGGGGUGGGGAGGUGUACGCCGCCAAUCGGAGAGUCGUGCUUGCUGACGUGUUGGCGGUGCUCGGCUCCGAUGAGACUGUCGGGGACUCCGGCGAUGAUGACGUGGCUUCGAGAUUGUAAUUUACAUGUGGGCCCCAUUAGAUAUAUAGCCGUUUUUACGGUUGUUGUGGAGUAAAGUGCAAUUAUUUGAUUCUGAUUUGUAGUAGCAUUUUAUUUCAACAAAAUGAUAGACUGUUGUAUUCUGGAGAUAAUAUCUUCUUGUCUUCUACAGUAGCAAGUUUCAAAACGUGUACUGUCGUUUUCUCUUCAAUUUCUAUAUAAUGCAGUGUUUGUGAA